AAUUGGUUAACCAAUAGACCGAAAAUAGUCAAGGCGUACCAGUUCAGGUUUCUGGUCAACCGGGUGAACCUCACACUUUUAUUCAAUCAAAAACACUAAAACCUAGACAACACUUCAAAACACGAAUGAAAUCGAAGAGUUAGUUAAUUACGCUUGUAUUCUUGUUAAAAAGAGAAAAUUACUUUGGCACUAAGUGGAUGAUAGAACGAGUCGGAUGAAUUGGUCGUUGCUUGGCUCGAAGUGUUUUUUACACGUUUCAACUGUGUGUUUGUGAAAAAAAAAACGAAAUUUACUUUGGCUUGUUUUAGCGGCAAAACGAUGAUAGAACGAGUCGAGUGAAUUGUUUUUAAUUAUUUGGACCAAGAAUGAACACUGACGACCUUUCAAACAUAAGUGACUGUCAAGACGUUGGUGACGAUUUAUACGAGGAGCUUAGCCAAGCUGUCGAACUUUCAAACAUAAGUCACGACGAUUAUGCUCAUUUAUUGGAUGAGAUUAUCCCAGCUGACGACCUUUCAAACAUAAGUGGCAGUCACGACGAUGGUGCUGAUUCAUCCAAGGAGAUUGUCCAAGCUGGCGACCGUUCAAACAUAAGUAGCUGUCACGACGAUGGGGUUGAUUUAUACGAGGAGACUGACCAAGCUGACGACCUUUCAAACAUAAGUGCCACUCACGACGAUGGUGCCGAUUCAUUCAAGGAGACUGUCCAAGCUGGCGAUCUUUCAAACAUAAGUGGCUGUCGCGACGAUGGUGCUGAUUCAUCUAAGGAGAUUGUUCAACUAGAUAAUGGUUUUAGUGAACCCGAACGAUCUGUUGAUGACGUCGGCGACAAAAACUGUGACAAGGAAAAUGAGGAAAAACUAAUCCGUGUGGCCGACGCGAAAAAGCUUCAAUUGAAAUUAAUCGAUCAAUUUAUGAACGAAAACGAUGGAGCAUCCGUUGAGACGAAAACAUUCAAUACACGUUGGGAAGAAUUGGUUCGCGAAUUGAAUUUACUUGGACCCCCUCCUUUAACCGAGACACAAUGGAGAUAAAAAUUGGCUCAGCAUUACAACGAGAAAAGAAAACUGGCAGAAAUAGCUGAAACUGCACUUCGAAGUACACAAUCGCAUAACGUUCUUUCGUCGGGACUACUUGGAGAAAUUGUAUUGACAUCACGUGAAACGGCGAGGAGCAUUGCCGAAAUUUCCAAUAAACUCACCGUGAUAAUC